AUGACUUCCUCUCCUAACUACCAAUACGAGACUGUCAAGGUCAUCGUUCAUCCGGAUGGCGUUGCUCAUGUCGAAUUGAACCGCCCAAAAAAGUUGAAUGCCUUCAAUGACGAGAUGGUACGCGAUGUACGAACCGUGUUCCGUGAUAUCACCCAUGACAAGAAUGUUCGUGCUAUUGUGCUCUCUGGUGCAGGCAGGGCUACCACUUCAGGCUUGGAUCUGGCAGAGCAGAGCCUCAGUAGCCUUACGGAUGGUGAUGCUGAUAUUGCUCGUAACGUGUAUGCUACACGCAAGCACAUUAGGGAUUUCCAAGAUGCAUUCACUGCUAUUGAAGAGUGUGAGCAACCUGUGAUUGUGGCCGCCCACAAUGUCUGUAUCGGUGCAGGUGUCGAUAUGAUUACAGCUUGUGAUAUUCGCUAUGGUACCAAGGACUCUUAUUAUGCUGUCAAGGAAGUUGAUAUUGGUCUCGCUGCCGACGUUGGUUCCUUGCAACGCUUGCAAAAGGUUAUUGGCAACCAGAGCCUUGUACGUGAAUGGUGCCUCACAGGCCGCAAGAUCGAUGCCAAUGAGGCCUACCAAACGGGUCUUAUCAGCAAGUUGACCGAUACCAAGGAACAAGCAUUAGAAGAAGCCUUCAAGACGGCUCGUGUGAUUGCAAGCAAAUCUCCAGUGGCUGUACUCGGUACAAAGCACUUGCUCAAUUACUCUCGUGAUCAUUCGGUUGCUGAAGGUCUCAAGUAUACCGUCACGUGGUCCUCUGCCAUGUUGAACACUGAAGAUAUCCCAUUGUCUGUUCAAGCAUUUAUGGAAAAGAAGCCUGCCAAAUUCUCCAAAUUGUAA